AUGGAAGUCACUAAACUGAAACUCGGCGUUGAGGUCCAUGGUUUAAAACUGAAAGAUGAAGAAAGCUUCACAGACGAAUUCAUUGAAGAAAUCAAGAAGAUAUAUCAUGAAGAGCGUAUUGUGAUUUUCAAAGAUCAGGGUGAAAUAAGCGGACAGAAGCAAGUGCAGAUCAGUAAAUGGUUCGGGGAUCUGGAUGGUACAGUUUUUAAAGAUGAUCCACUGUUUGCUCACAAGAAGUGCCCUCCCCCAAGCGUUCACAGGAUAUCCAAACACCCAGAAGAAGGAUGUACGAACGCUGGACGUUCCGGAUGGCACAUUGAUGGAAUAUAUGUUGAAGCACCAUAUAGCUACGCUUGA